UACUAGCAGAUGUCAAUUCCAGGAGUUUUGAUACAGAAUGUGAAGUUCUACGCAAUCUUCGCCAUAGAAACCUAACCAAAGUGAUUGGUAGCUGCUCUAACUUGGACUUUAAAGCCUUAGUGCUUGAUUAUAAGUCUAAUGGGAGCCUUGAGAAAUGGUUGUACUCCCACAACCAUUGCCUGGAUCUGCUGCAAAGGAUAAGCAUAAUGAUGGAUGUUGCUUCCGCAUUGGAAUAUCUCCAUUUUGGUUAUACAACACCAGUGGUUCACUGCGAUCUGAAACCUAGCAACAUAUUGCUCGACGAAAAUAUGGUUGCUCAUGUAAGUGAUUUUGGCCUGACAAAGUUUCUGGAUGAAAGAAAUAGUGUUCUGCAUACCAAGACACUUGCAACGCUUGGAUACUUGGCACCGGAGUAUGGACUUGAAGGGCAGGUGUCAACAAGGGUUGAUGUGUAUAGUUUUGGCAUAGUUUUGAUGGAAACCUUUUCAAGAAUGAAGCCUAGUGAUGAAAUGUUCAAAGAUGAUUUGAGCCUGAAGAGUUGGAUUGAAGAAUCUCUGCCUAAUGCAACAACUCAGGUUGUAGAUGCAAACCUACUUGGGCGACAAGAUGAGCAUUUCAAUGAGAAAUUGGAGUGUAUUUCAGUGAUCUUCAAAUUGUCUUUGAGUUGCUGUGCUAAAUGCCCGCGAGAUCGGACUAAUAUGAAGGAUGUUGUGGCAGCACUUCAAAAGAUAAAACGUCAAAUUAAGUAUUUUCCGAAUAUCUCGGCAUGAAAGAUGAUGCCAAGAUUUGAAACAUGAAGCAAAAUAAGUUAUAUUAUCCACCUUAAGUAUGCUGAUAUAUAAAUA